GUCUGACAACGCAUGCACAUUUGAGCCAGCAGCCAUGGAAAGCGCCUGGCAGCCUUCAGAGGAGCUAUGGCUUCUUGCUCGUACCAAGCUGGUGGCCAAAGACUUUAUGCCACCUUCUGAUGUUCGAGCAGUGGAGUCGACUCGGAAGCUUCAGGAAGACUGGGAGCGGAGGAAACCAGUCAUGGUUCAGGCCUGCCCUUGGCAACGACAUUUGGCCACAGAAAACCGGAGCCAAAGCACCCAAAGGCAUUUGGAAGCCGAUCUUCGGUCCAAGAUCAUCCAUCCGUCCAUCCAACCUUUGGUGAAGCAAAUCUUAAACAGUCUCAGCUCAAAAGCACCUGAUGAUGUCGACAUUUGGCACAUGAGUGCCUUGCGGGCAGCCGCCAGCACUGCCCAUGGUGCUGGAAGCUUUCUGCUUGGUAGCUUUACGCCGCUUUUUUCGAAUCCGGGAGAGAAGACUGGGGAGGCCAUUCCAGCUGAACCUCACAGACUGGUGCUGAAAGCUUCAAGGGAUGAAGACCAGCUCCUUGCAGAGAUGGAAAAGCUUCAAAAAGUCCAGUCUUCGCUGGGCCCUCUACGAUCACCACGAGUGCUGUCUGCGAAGCACACAGAGGACGGCCUUUUCGCCUUUGCUCAGGAAUUCCUUCUUUGCAGCAGAUAUUUCGAGGCUGGCCAACGAGAAAGGCAGUCGUCCAGCUUUGCAGACUUGUUGCGCAUCGGAGCUCGGCCCCUGGCCUUGGAGGAUGCUGGACGUGAUAUGGAAGAUCUGCAUGCGCGGCUAGGGAUGUCCGCCGAGGAUUUGGCUGCGGUGAGUCUCGAGGAGCUCCGCCACGCGGCGCAGCAGACGGGAGAGCUGUUAGGCAGUCUUGCUUCACUUGAUGAAGAAUUUCCCUCCAGUUCUUCUGCUUGUCAUUCACCUUAUGUGUCCUGGAGCACCUCUUUGAUAAAUCCAAAGGAAGUCCAGGCUCCUGGUCGCUGCCAUGCUGUGCAACUACUCUUGGAGCUGGAGCCGAUGCUGGAGCGGUACCUGCUGGGAAAGGAAGCGCGGGCCUCACCACUGCAUGGCUCCGUGCGGCGGAUCACAGAGGACUGCUGCUUGCAGCAAUUUGGCACUCCGCUUGCUGACAUUUUGCAGUCGGCAAGAGCAUUGCGCCAAAGACUGAAGCAGCUGAUCUCAGCCGAAAGUAGAAAUUCAGAAGAGAAGCUGCCUCCCAUUGAGGUUCCCAGUUGCUGGUCGCAUCCUCGACUGACUUGCCGACGUCUGGUAUUGCGGGAUUCUACCAGCUUGACUGGCUUUGAACUUUGUGCCAGUGGUUGGUCUGGACUUUGCUUUGGGCCCAUCUACUCCGACCUUGCAAGGGUAUUGACCGAUGCACUUUUUGAGGCAGUCAAGUUACCAAGCUUCAUCGAGGACUUCCACAUGAUCUACUCAACGGAAGGACACGCAGGUGUUGCUGUACCUCCUGUGCUGCUGGGAGAACAGUUGGGGAUCACCACAGGGGCUGCUACAUUCAUUUUGGGAAGAGCCACAGAGGACUCACAUUGGAGUGAAGAGGCACUUGGAGAACUCUUCGGGGAAGCAACUGAGAACGACAGGCCAUAUGCGCUAGCUGAUCUGGCGCAGCUGAUGUCCUGGCUUCGAUUUGGCCGCCAUGAGUUCAAUGCCUCAACCGCAAUGAAAGUCAGCGAGGCUCUGAUCGCAUGGGAAUUACCUUUGCAUGCCCGUCCAACCGAAAAGCUCCGCAAAGUACCAAAGCCAACUCGAACUGUUCCUCGCCAACCUGAUAUCGCGGGAUUUCAUGGGCAUCGAGCAGUGCAGUAUGGCUGGCAGGCUGUGCGAGAGAUACGGGAGGCAGCAGUCAAUGCCCUGCCAGCAGUGAAAGGUGAUGUGGAUGAGCUUUGGCCACUGAUGUGGCUGGUGCCCAGCCUGCAGCGAUCUUUGCAGCUUGUCAGCUCCGCGCACAUCUCCUGGAUGCAGAAGGUUUGGGUCUUGCAGCACAUACACCUUUUGUGUGGGCAGCUGUCCAUUUGGUUGGACGGUCCCAGUCUGAGAGGCGGCAGAAAACUGGAGGUGACGAGAGCGCGCCGGCACGAGACACAGCAAAGAGAAGCUGAUCGGGGCCCACCCUGGUAGCCGACCUUUGGACUUACAUAGCCGGCUACCAGCCGCGAUUCGCAACCCCUCAUGCCGAUGAAGCGCUAAAGUUGCGCUUGCGGUGGCAACUCAAAGCAUGAAGAUCGUGCUGAAAAAGGUGUCAAUUAUG